AUGAUAAUAAUUUUUUAUGUAUGCAUUUCUCUAUCUAUAGGAGGAUCUACACUAAUGUUAACUCAUUUAUUCUUUUUUGAUAACCUUAAAGUAUUUGCCUAAAGAAUAGUUGCAUGUCUCUCAAUAUCAGAUUGUUUUUAUGCUUUCGGAUUGCUCUUAUAUGUUGAGCCAACUUUUGAUGGUUAUGAUGUCACUAGGUGAGUUAAUCAAUAUUAUUUAGAUGCACUAUCUAAGGAGCCUUAACUUAAUUUGCAACUAUUUGUGCUUUUGUUUGGAGUACAUCAAUAUCAUAUUUCCUUUAUGUCUCAAUCACAAGAGGAUAAAGGGAAUUGAUUUAUUUUGAAAGAUAUGAAAAAUUGAUAAUUGGGAUAGGUAGCUCUCGAAUACUUAUAUAUAGGUUUUGCUGUUCCUUUAUUAAUGGCUACAAUUCCUUUGUUUUUUCAAUCAUAUGCACCUACACCUGCAAAAGUACCUGCUACUUGUUCAAUUAGUUCAAAUGAUGAAACUAAAACAAUUGAAAAGAAUAGAAGCUUAAGUUUAUAUCUAAAUCUUACUUUAUUCUACAUACCAUUACUAUCCUCAGUAUUAAUAUCUGUCUAUUUCUUAUUGAGAACAUAUUUUAAGACAAAAAGAAUAAAGAGUUAAUACGAACUAUUAAAUAAACAAAUAAACAUUUAAUUGAUGUUUGCUCGUAAUUUAAUACUCUAUCCAUUGGCAUUAUUUAUUUGUUGGUUGCCAUCUCAAAUAGUGUUUUUAAUAUUUGUAUUCAAUAAUAAUUGGAUUGAAUAAAUUCAACAAGACUACUUUAUUCAUCAAACUGGACCUUAUUAAUACAUAAGACUCGUAUAAUAUGGAGCUAGUUUCUUGUAAGGAUUCUUGAAUAGUCUUGUGUACUGGUUCAAUAGUUAUCAAAUGAGAAAGAGAUUGACUUCCUUAGAGAGGGUACACUUAGAUUACUAAAAAACUAAAACCUUUUUCUCAAACAACAAUGAUUAAAGUGAAAACAGAAGCAGUUAAUUAUCUAAUAGUUUCGAAAAUCUUUAAGAUAUUUGA